UGGGCUUAAAAGUUCCUUUGUGUAUCCAGACAGAAUUUUAAUUUAAGAGCUCCUGAUGAGGAGAGCUGCACUUCUUCUUGUAACUAUAGCUCUUGUGACUUAGGGAUAGCUUCUCUUCUGUGUUCCUGGUCCACCUUUUUUUCCCAUGUUUCAUUAUUAUUUGUAAUCAUGAUGCUUUCCAACUAGUUUCUAAUUAUUUAUUUCUAGACAUCCUUCUUCCCUCAGGAGGGGCUAGUGAAGGUGAAUGAGCAAUAGCAUGCAUAGGAUUUCAGAUGGAUUUUUAAUCUUUAGUUCUCUAAAAACUUGAGAAAAAUGUCAGAGUGCUCAUUUUAUAAAGUCUAUUAGUGCAGGAAAAUACAACCCAUGCCCUGGAAAGGUGGAAUAAUCCAUCAGCAGUCUGUGACUUUUGCUGCAUUAGUUGAGGCUGGUAGGUGAGAGUUUGUUGGAUGUUCCAGACAAAAGUUUCAGUGUAGAAGAAAUGUGAUUAUUUUGUCUUUCCUAAUAGUCCUUAACUUGCCCCAGAUUCUUGCUUCAAGUCCAGUAAGUGAUCAUUUUCAAUAACAAGCUUGAAGUACAGUCUUCAGCACAAGCUCUGGAGUCAUGUGCCUUGGUUUCAAGCCAUGAUGAUUAUUAAAUGAUCCUGGUUAGAGUUGUUUUCUCUUAGAUCAUCCUAGAGAACAGUUAAUUAAAACCUUUUAGCCUUUUCUCCUCGUUUUCUUCUCCCGGUGACUUGUAUUUUGAAAGCUUUCGUGGUGACCUUGGACAGUUUGCUGUUUAUUGGCGGGGAGUGCAGAGUGCUGAGCUGGAGUUGUGGAGCAGUGAGUGCUUCCUACGGGUCACUGUAACUUCACACCAAGAACCUGCUUCACCAAAAAUUGAUACUUGUGAAAGAUGGUGGAUCGCUUGGCAAACAGCGAGGCAAAUACUAGAAGAAUAAGUAUAGUGGAAAACUGCUUUGGAGCAGCUGGUCAACCCCUGACUAUUCCUGGUCGCGUUCUGAUUGGAGAGGGAGUACUAACAAAGCUGUGUAGGAAGAAGCCGAAAGCAAGGCAGUUCUUCCUGUUCAAUGACAUCCUUGUUUACGGCAAUAUUGUCAUCCAGAAGAAGAAAUACAAUAAACAGCACAUAAUCCCACUGGAAAACGUCACUAUUGAUUCCAUCCAGGAUGAGGGAGACUUACGGAACGGGUGGCUUAUCAAAACACCAACAAAGUCUUUUGCAGUUUACGCUGCCACCGCUACAGAGAAGUCUGAGUGGAUGAACCACAUUAAUAAGUGUGUUUCUGAUUUGCUUUCCAAAAGCGGGAAGACUCCUAGCAAUGAACAUGCAGCUGUCUGGGUACCGGACUCGGAAGCCACUGUGUGCAUGCGCUGUCAGAAAGCAAAAUUCACACCCGUCAACCGUCGUCACCACUGUCGCAAGUGCGGCUUUGUCGUGUGCGGGCCUUGCUCUGAAAAGAGGUUCCUGCUCCCAAGCCAGUCCUCCAAGCCUGUGCGGAUUUGCGACUUCUGCUACGACCUUCUUUCUACCGGGGAGAUGACUGCUUGUCAGUCCACUAGGUCAGACUCCUACAGCCAGUCACCUAAAUCAUCUCUAAAUGAUGUAUCUGAUGAUGACGACGAUGAAGACAGUAGCGACUGAAGACCAAACGUUUUUUUCCCAUGUGUUGCAAUUUGUUUCAAACCAUAUGGAGCUGCUUUUGGGGAAGUUUAUAGUGAGGUUCCUCAGAAAAAAAUCCUGUUCUAGCCAUAAAAAAAGCCUGAAUAUCUUCAAUUGCAAUGUGCCUCAAUCUAUGAAUUCUCUAGACAAUAGUUUUUUCACUCCUCUGCAGGGAUAGGCUGUUGCAAAUGUUAUCAGAAUAUUUUCCAACUUCUUAUACUUGAGUUGUGUCUAGGUUAGACUUUUGUGGAAGAUUGGAGAAUAAAAUGUACUUUCUUAAUUUAACAACCCAUACUUCCUAAUGCUUCAUAUUGCUGUGUUGUUAAGUGGGAUUGUUUCUUCCGGAUAUGGAGAGGAAAACUAAGCAUGCAUGGUACAGCGAUGUUUUGCUUAAUCCCUUAGACCAUCUUGUGGUUUUAUAACCAUGGUAUGUAAUAAGUUGAAAUGUGACAUAAUUUACAAUCUUAAAUGUCACAAAACUUGGAAAUUGUCUUGUUUUGCUCUUAUUUAUGACUUCCUAUGCCAAGCAGUGCCUUGUACCAAUUGUGCUGAUUCAGGAAGAAACGCACCUAUUCUAUGUUGUCUGUAUUUGCCUGAUGCUGGUAUCUGAGAGAUUGUUGGUGCUAUUGAAAAUAACUGCUGUGUUCAAAGUGGAGCUUUGACAAGGUCAUAACUGUGCCCAGUGGUGGGUGAUGGGAGACCCAAAUCGCACAUCCUCACCCGUGCAGGCAGACCCCAAGACUCCGCAGAUUCCCACAGGCUUCAGCGGGGUUCUCCUAGCAGGAGUUGCAUUGCGGGUCAGGAUCUUGAGAUGAGAAGCUUAGCAUGGCUCUUCACGGGGAUUUAUAUGUUUUCAGAGCAGUUUCUAAGUUUCAGAUUUGGCAAAUGCAUUCUGAAAUUUUAGCUGGGUGAUAGAGCAUUUGGAUGUGAUAGCCUAUAUAUUUUUGGAAAUCGCUUCCCAAAAUGAUACUAAAUUGUUUCUUAAAACAUUGAGGAGAUGGUUGGGUUUCCCCCCAUCCCCCGGGAAUUUUAUUGGCUUGUUUGGAAAGAACCUCAUAAUUUUGAACAAAAAGCCUGCAAGUAUACUUCUAUAAAAAUUGGCUUUCCUUUUUACACAGCUGACCUCAGGAUAAAUGUGAGAUGCUUGUUAGUUCAUUCUAAAUGUAUACCCAGGACCAAGAAAGAUGUAUUUAAGAACUGUAAUGAAAUCAUCAGUGCAGAAAAUGUCUCUGUGAUACUAUUCAUUUUAUUUUUAAUAAGUUCUUGAAUACAGAAAUGUCAUGUUCCCAUAUAAGUGUCAAAGUUAGAUUUGCAAAGACAUGUUAACCCCCCAAAUACUAUGGUUCUAUAUUUUUAUAAUGGUAGUGUCAGUUUUGAAGCAGAAAACCCUCUUUGAAAUAGUUGUAUGAAUGUACAACUGACUUUAUAUAUAAAAAAGAAGUUACGCUUUUAUAUCUCUGAGUGACAAUUUCUGCACUGUUUGCCUUGGUUGGCAAUAAUUGGGUUAAAUAUUUAUUGAAUAAACAAUCAAUGCUGCAUAUUGCACUAGUCUCCCUUUCUGUAUGCUGUAAAUGUCAGUCAUUUUUAUAUAAAAACUAGCAGAGCACUUCAAAGCUGUAGCCCUCUUGAGAUUUCUGGUAGCUGAAGAUGCACUUAGCAUCGUUAGGGAGGCACUCUACAUGAAUAGUCUGCAGGACAUCGCUUCAGGUGAAAAUUGCGUUAGUAUUUUUAGCUUGGGCAAUUUCUAAAAGUAAGCUUUUUUCAAAAGCACUGAAGAGUACUUGAUCUACUUUGAAAUAAACAUAAAAAGGGGAAAGGUAGGGAUGAGGAGGACUCUGUAAAAUUGCCAGAGAAGCAAUAAGCAAUUGUAUAUACUGAAAAAGUAGCUGAAAUGAGUAGUUAAAUACACUUAUUCCUUGAAAGAUUAGGGAAUGGUGACUUGCAGCAGGGGAAAACGGGCUAUUCUGAGAAGGCACUUCCAGUUACUAGUGGUUACUUUUUGUACCUCUCAAUAUUUAUAUUUCAGGAAUGGAGACUUGUCAGCCUAAGUUUUUUCUACAGAAUCAAAGUACAAACCUCUCGUACAUACCUUCUGAUGACUAACAGUUAUUUUCUUCCUUGUGCAAUUGUUUCUUAAGCUGUCAAAUAUUAACUUGUCUUGUUAAAGGGUCUAUCUCUUUGUGUACUUUCCCUAUGUUUCUAUAUGUUGUGCUUACUUUUCAGCACUUUCUAGGGGGUGGGAAGAGGGUUGCUGAGAGAUCAUAUCCUAUAUUUUGCAGGAUAUUCUUGUACCUACUUCAAAUAUCUUUUUAUCUGUGAAUGAAACUUGCACUGUGCCGCACUGAUCCCUGAAGCUGUAACCAAACCAACUUGUACGUGUGGGAGUUAUCAUCUGAAACUGAUGUAUGUGGUCCAAGCUUUUUGAGACAGCAUUAAAGAAGGUGUUUCAUGGUAUUACUCCUGUCCCUCAGUGGUAUUAGUUUAAAACGUUACAAAAUGGACUUAACACUGACUUCUCUUGUACUUAAAUUCCUGAAAGGGCUUGUUUCGUACUUUGUAAUCUUGUUCUUUCAAAUUAUUUUAUUUACAAAUAUAUGGUGUAGCUUCAA